AUGGACAUAUUUUUCGUUGUGUCCUAUGCCAUCCAAUUAAUUCCCUCCCAGGAAUUAGGCUAUUCUCCAACAAUCGUUGAAACAGUUCUGACCUUUUUCUUUGGCACUAUAAUGAUGUUAAUGGCCUGGUUUUCCGUCACAAGAGAAUCCAAAUAUCUCCUUUUGUCCGUGAUCAAUCUUUUGGGUAUAUCAAUGUUCUAUCUGAUUUACAAAUUGGUAAAAGUUAAUCUGAUCCCUUCGGAUGGUGGAUGGGAUCCUUAUAGAUUCACUCGUCGCUUCUUGACAUUCUUCUUGGCUACUACGCUUGUGCUGGUGGCAACAACCAUAUAUUAUGGGAUCAUAUGUUUUAAAAAUAUGAUGGAAGGUACUUAUGUACUCACGGUGUACGGGGCUAAGACUGUGGUCUCGAAUAAUGGUGGGAAGAGAGCCACCCUGAUCCUGCAGAACCAGUCGAGGCAAGAUAGAGCGGAAAUUGACUAA